CCCGAGGGGGCGGACGCAGCCCCUCCGGCGGCGCCGGGAUCCCAGCUGAGCCCACGCUCACUCCCGGCCUCCCCCGAGCCAGCCGCUGGGGGCGUCGGCGCCACCCCCAGAGCUGCGGACCCCCGGGCCUGGAGGGUUUAGGACUGGGGUCGCCUCCCGGCUCCCAUCCCUUAUUGGAAUCCACCGCCGCGGGGAUGGGGGCCGGCUGUCCAACUUCAGCGCCAGAGGCCUGCGGCCCCCUUUCCUUCCGGCCAGCACCCCCUCCCCCUCGGUACGUGCACAAGGCGUCCAAGGCGUCGGAAAAAAGUCCCUGGGUGGCUUAUUAAUGACACGGGCAGGCAAAACAAAACAAACAAACAAAAAAAACCCAAAAAACAAAAAACCACACGCGCUGCCCAGAAUUCCGGCCCUGGUGGAGGAAAGUCCGAAGAAGAGGCAGCCGGCCGGGCAAAGAGGUCCUGGGAGAAAGGUGUCAAGAAAUCUUGGGGAGGCCCAGGCCGCUGGAGACAUCUCAGCUACCGAGGCUCCGAUUAAGAAGGGGUUCUGGGAGUGGAGGGGACAAAUUCUUGUCCUGCCGGCCCUGCUCAGAGAGGUGUGAGCGCCGCUGGACCAGAGGUGGGGGCUGGGCCUCAGAUAGCCAAAGGGUCCCCACCCUACAGGCAACUGUUGGACCUGGGACAGCCAGGUCCCCCCUCUGACUCCCAGACCAAGCCUGAUGCCUCGUUCCCCUAGCGCCUGGAGACUCUGCCCUUCUCAAGACUUUGUGUCCCAGUGCAAGUAUCAGAAGACCUUGGCUUUGGGUCUGCAGCGCUGGCAAUCUUCCCUCUGGGGGCCCGACCUUCCUUGAGCACCUGCAAAUUCAGAUGCCCCCGGCUCCUCUUUGAAGUUUUCCCUGCCGCUUACAACCCCCUGCAGAUGCCUUCAUUCACCUAAGUCACUCUAUUGUGGUCAUUUACCUCACCUGCCGGUGCAUGUGUCUAGACGAGAAGCCGCUUGAGGGCCAGACCCAGGCCCUAGUCACAUCUACAUCCCAUCCACAUCCCGAACAGACAGCAGGAACCUCGGGACAGACCCAGCAGUGCUUGUGGGAGCCGGCGGGGCCGUUUCGGCCUUCUUCUGCAGACCCCGUCUGGGAGGGGAUGGGGCGGCUGAGCCAUGUGUACCACCCUCUUCCUGCUCAGCACCUUGGCCAUGCUCUGGCGCCGCCGAUUCGCCAACCGGGUCCAACCAGAGCCCAGCGGACUCGAUGGGGCGGUCGUGGGCAGCAACGUGGACACAGACCUCCGGUCCCCAGGCAGGGAGAAAGAGCCUCUCAAGUAAGUCCUCAUCUCUUCAGGCAGAGCUCGGCCCCGGGGACCGCGAUCAGCUGGCAGAGGCAGUUCAAGUCCUGGUUUGCCCCCUUCCCCACAAAGGGUGCUUUGGAAGCAGCAGCAGCAGCAGCAGGAAGGAGAAUGGGAAAAAGCAGCGAUGGAGAAUGUAGACCCCUCCCUUUCUGCCCCUGGACCUGCCUGUCCUCUCUUCGCCCCAGGCCCUGGUCGUGGGGCUCCCGAGGCAAGGCCUGGCUGGGGCAGGCAGGAGGCGCAGAGAUGUUUAUUGCUCUGAGAUGGGCUCCCUUCCUCUGAGGUCCAGAGAGGGACUUGGUGGGGUCUGCUGGAUCAACUCUGGGGCAACCCCAGCAGCCCAGGCUCGGGGAGGCAUAGGUCGAGAAUGAGGAGCCCCAGAACCGAGGGGUCGCUGAUGGCUCAUGUUCACUAUGGAAGGGUUUCUCACUCACAAAUGAAAAAAAAAAUUUUUUUAACGUUUAUUUAUUUUUGAGAGGGAGAGAGAGAGAGACAGAGUAUGAGCGGGGGAGGGGCAAAGAGAGAAGGAGACACAGAAUCCAAAGCCGGCUCCAGGCUGUCAGCACAGAGCCCGACGCGGGGCUUGAACCCGUGAACCACGAGAUCAUGACCCGAGCUGAAGUCGGCCGCUUAACCACUGAGCCACCCAGGUGCCCCACGUUCACAAAUUUAAUCCUUGCAACGACCCGAGGAGACCGGGCAUGUUAUUAUCCACAUUUUGGCAACGAGGAAACACAGGCCGUGGAUGUGACCACGGGGAGUACCUCGCCCAUCCCAAACGUGCGGUUGUGUGGAUGCGCCCAAGGGGCCCUGGCCCAAGACUAGGUGGGCGUGGCUCCCGAUCUGAGGCCGGCACCAGGCGCGAGAGCAGGGUCCUGGCGGUUCCCAGGGACCCUCUAUAGGACCUCACUGUUAGGAAGAAGCCCAAGGCCUUGCGACAGUGGGAAGUUAAUGCUUCUUUGCGAGCCCGAAAAGAAGGAAAAUGGCCAAGGUUUACGGAAUGGCCAGGCGUGUGUCUGUGUGAGCGCAUGUGCGCGCCCACACGCGUUUAUUGCCAUAUGCAGAAGCCGGCUGAACGAUGCAUUAAAAGACAUUAUUUAACGUGUUCCUUGGCCAUCUAUUUAACAAGCACGUACCGGGAGCCUGCAACAUACACACCUUGUGGUAGGUGCCAGCGAUGAAGGGGGACAGUGCCCCACCUGCCAGUGAGGACGACAGAAAGAUCCUGGCCGAGGGAGCCCAGUCGCGCCCGCUCAGCCACUGCCUGGUCACAUGACCUUUCCUUCUCCGGACCUCAGUCUCCCCAUUUACUAGGCAUGUGUUGAGUCGAACCCAAGUGGGCUGGUGCCAGGGCGGAAAGGACUCAUGACCACCGUCAGAGAAAGAACCGUCUGGUAAAAUGAUAGGCGAUGGACCACUUGACCUCUGGGGGCCCUCCAGACCGCCCCGGUCAAAAGAGACUAUAACGGACUGUCUUUGGAGAUGCUGGCAGUGAUCCGCCCACUCGGCAAAUGUUUAUGGAGCGCCUGUGUGCCAGGCACUGUGGAUGCAGAAAUGAAGAAUUCCUGCCACAGACAAUCAGGAAAUUGGGCCAAGCAGAAGAAACAGACGCUUCACAACAGGCAGCACACAGGCUGGUGACCCCAGGACUGUCUCAGCAUCUGCCUGUUCCCUGCCUGUGGCAGGGGGAGGGGAAACCAAGCGGACCGCAGUGGUCUUGUCCGGGUGAGGAGACGAGAUCAGAGCUCAAGAGAGCGUGGUGUUCCUAAGGAUACGCACACGUCGGUGGGAUCCCCAAACAGACACGGGGAAGGUGAGCCGAUGGAGGAAAAAAAAAGCCCUCUGGAGAGAAUACAGAAAGCACUAACCGUCACAGAAACACGGAAAGAUUGGACUUGAUCGAAUUCUUGGAAAGACACUAUUUGCCAAGCAGAAAUCUGAGAAAGGACCUGUAUCCAAAAUAUACAAAGAAGUUUUACGAUUCGAUAAGAAGUCAGCCCAGUGAAAGGGGGAGGGUUUUGAUAGACACUUCACAAGAAGGUAUACAUACGGCCAAUAAACGCAUAAAAAAAGAUACACAGUAGUGUGAAUCAUCAAGGAAAUUAAAUGCAAAUUAAAAAACAUGCAAAUGAAAACCACAUUGAGAUACUAGUGCACGCUCACAUGAAUGCGUAAGAAGACAGACCAUAACAGGCGUUGGUGAAGGUACGGAGCAGCUGUUACCCUGGAAGACACUGCUGGGAAACCAGUUUGGCUGUUUCCUAGCAAGUUAUCCAAGAGGAAUGAAAACACAGGGCCACACCAAGGUUUGUACAGAGGUGUUCACAGCAGUGUUAUUAAUAACGGCUCCAAAGUGGAAACAACCCAAAUAUCCAUCAACAGGUGAAUGAAUAAACGAGGGCUGUACGGAAUUCUGGUCAGCGAUAAAAAGGCAACGAACCACUCUGUGGGCCACAACCCGGGGCACCGCGAGGAGCCAGGCACAAAAGAACACCCUCCUGUAUGAAUCCGUUUAUAGGAGAUUCUAGAACAGGCAGAACUAAUCUGCAGCGACAGAAAGCAGAUCAGUGGUUGCCUGGGGCCAGGGCUGGAUCUGGAGACUGUGAAAUAAAACCAGAGGUGCUCUUCAGGGCGAUGACAGGGUUCUAAAUCGUCCACCGGGGUGGCGGUUACGCGGGUGUAUCACUUACUGGACUAUCGAAUCGUACAUUUUAAAUGGAUGUGUUUGAUUGUAUGUAAAUUACACCUCAAUAAAGAUGACUUAAAGAGUUAAAAAAAAAAAUCAAU